UUCCCGGCUCGUGCAAUCUAAACCAAAAAGGUGGCAGUUGCGGAGCAGCGCGCAUGCGCGGAUAGGUCUUCCUGGUAAACGGUUGAGAGCCAGAACCGAGCUGCUGGGCUCGGAGUGGAGCGGGGUUAGGAUGGACGAGGACGUGCUGACCACCCUGAAGAUCCUUAUCAUCGGCGAGAGUGGCGUGGGCAAGUCCAGCCUGCUCUUGAGGUUCACAGAUGAUACUUUUGAUCCAGAACUUGCAGCAACAAUAGGUGUUGACUUUAAGGUGAAAACAAUUUCAGUGGAUGGAAAUAAGGCUAAACUUGCAAUAUGGGAUACUGCUGGUCAAGAGAGGUUCAGAACAUUAACUCCCAGCUAUUAUAGAGGUGCACAGGGUGUUAUAUUAGUUUAUGAUGUCACCCGAAGAGAUACCUUUGUUAAACUGGAUAAUUGGUUAAAUGAAUUGGAAACAUACUGCACGAGAAAUGACAUAGUAAACAUGCUAGUUGGAAAUAAAAUUGAUAAGGAAAACCGUGAAGUCGAUAGAAAAGAAGGCCUGAAAUUUGCACGAAAGCAUUCCAUGUUAUUUAUUGAGGCAAGUGCAAAAACCUGUGAUGGUGUACAGUGUGCCUUUGAGGAACUUGUUGAAAAGAUCAUUCAGACACCUGGACUGUGGGAAAGUGAGAACCAGAAUAAAGGAGUGAAACUGUCGCACAGGGAAGAAGGCCAUGGAGGAGCCUGUGGAGGUUAUUGUUCUGUAUUAUAAACUCUGGGAAACACCAUCUCUUGCAUAUUUGAUCAGAUAGUGACAUCUUUCUGUAUAUAAACUCAUCCUACUGUAUACUAACUGCUAUUUUAGGGACCUUGCAGUUUGCACAUAUUUGUUUUGUAUCAUGACAGUAAAUAUUUGCAAGAAAUCCCACUCAUUGGCUUUCCCAGGUAAAAUGUUAUGGUAAGCAUGCACAGUUUGCAGUCUACAGUUUUUUAUGUAACAUACCAUAGGUGUAUGUUUAUAAGAACAUUUGAUUUUUGUGAUUUUACAUUUAUCAUGUGAUUAAAGAAUAUCCACCUAUCUAGAAUAUGUUGAUAACAAGGUCUACUUUGGUCUUCUUUUCUCUUAGAUAUUCCUAUCAAUUAGUGAAUUAAUUGGUAUGUAGUACUCCUAGAACCACUGGGAGAUACACAGGUAUUCUCAAACCUGGCAGAUUUCUUCAGGAAUAACAAAGAGCAUGAUUCCACAGCUUUUCUAGGAUGUUUGCUGACAGAUUCUUUUAGUACUAAUUAAAAUUCUCUUUACAGUAUGUAGUCCAGACCAAUUUAUAAUUAAAUCUGUUUGUUCUGAUGAUGCUUCUAAAAUAGCAUUAAUAUGUUAUAGAAGUUUGGUCUUUUUAAUUUACUUCAAUGAGUAGCUCAGUUGCUUAAUUGGAGUUUUAAUUCUGUGACAUUUAUGUGGAUUCAUGACCCUUUGUGCAGCAUUUUUAGUUAUGUGGUGUUCAGCAGAAUGGCAGUAAGGUUUUCCCCCAUUUUGGUUUCGGGAGGACAUGAAUAAUGGAUUGAUGUGGCUCAUGUUAGAACUUGCCAUUUUUAAAACCAACAGCUUUUUCCGUAAACAUUGGUAGUGUUUGUCUAGUACCUCAACUGUAGCCUAUGUAAUGUUUAUGAAUAUCUGUAUCUUAUGACUUCCAUAAAUGGCUUCUUGAUAUUCAGAAACCUGUAUCUGUGUUUUGAGGGUUGGGGAAAAAACAAACACUAAAUGUCAAUUUGAGAAAGGCAUAUUUAUUGAUUCCAGAUUUUUAUGUGUGUGGGAGAAUACUAUUGCUAUGAAAGUCUUGUUUAUUUACUGUAACAAGUAGUCAAUAGUUUAUCAAAACCAACCGGUACAGACUAAUACAUCUUUUCCACAGUAUUCAUUUUGCUAACCUCUUGCUGUUGUACACUGUAUAUUUUUUUCACUCACAUGUUAUUUAAUUUACAUUGAUCUCUGCUAUUUAAACCCCCAAAUGAGUAAUGUUCCCUUCAGGCAGGACACUAUAAUACCCCUGAUAUUUCUGGUCAGUUUGUUCUCUGUAUACAGUUGCAAAUGAUAAACAUUUUUGUGAAUUACCUUUGCAAUACAUGUGAUAAUGGAUUUA